AUGGACGAACAAGGAACAGCUUCCACCUCAUCGACUCCUCACAGAGGUGAGGUGGAGAGAAGGCUGCGUGACAGGGCGUCCUCGGCUCUGAAUGAACUCCUUCAGGAGAGGAAACUGUGCGAUGUGGUGAUCAAGGUGGGAGACGCCGCGUUCGAUGCCCACAAGAUCAUCCUCUGUAGCUGCAGCUCGUACUUUCGCACUCUGUUCACCGGUGCCUGGGCGAUCUCAAAGAAGAAGACGUACAACAUCCCCGGAGUGUCACCCCAAAUGAUGCGCCUCAUCAUCAAUUACGCCUACACCCACUCUGUUACCCUGACAGAGGAUAACGUGUUGGAGGUUUUUGCGGCUGCAGACCAGUUCUUGGUCUCCGGGAUCGUUCAGACCUGUUGCUUCUUCCUGGAGGACCAGCUGUGCCUGACGAACUGCAUUGGCAUCUGGAGGCUGAUGCACUUCUACCACUGCCCUGAGCUGAUGCGCAAGGUCUUCUUCUUCAUCCUGCACCGCUUUGAAGAGAUCAUCUGUGUCUCAGAGGAGAUCCUGGAGCUCUCGGUGCAGCAGCUGGUGGCCAUCAUUGAGAACGAUCACCUCAAUGUGAGACGAGAGGACACGGCGUUUGAGACCGUCCUGCGCUGGAUUUACCACCUGCCAGAACAGAGACAAGGUCUAAUCUCUGAGCUGCUGCCCAAGGUGCGGCUGGGCUUGAUGACCGCUCAUUACCUCCAGCACGUGGUGAUGAACAACGCUCUGAUAAACGACAGCCUCGAGUGUAUACCCAUCAUCAACGCUGCGGUGACAAAAUUUAUGGAUUUCCGGAACAGAUCCUUUAAAUCUGUCUACAGUAACCUGCUGAGCCGCCCACGUCUGCCUUCUUCCAUUUUGCUCAUCACCGGAGGCAAAAAUGGCACAACCGCCUCCAUUGGCCUCGAGGCCUACGACGCCCGAGCAGACUGCUGGGUCCCCGUGGGCACCGGGGAGAUUUGCCGCACUCACCACGGCGCCGCUGUCCUCAACGGCUUUGUGUACUUAAUCGGUGGCUCCAGCCAUGAAACCAACUUGAAUACCGUGCAAAAGUUCGACAUGGUGGCCUGCACGUGGCACCAGGUGGCGCCCAUGAACACCCGGCGCUGCUACCUCAGCGUCGCUGUGCAGAAUGGGUGCAUUUACGCCAUCGGGGGCUUCAACGGACACACCUACUACAGCACCGUCGAGUGCUACAAGCCUGAGACGGACCAGUGGACCAUGAUGGCACCCAUGCGUGCAAGGAGGUGUAGCGCCGGUGCCACAACUCUAAAUGGCAAGGUGUACAUUUGUGGAGGUUUCAACGGGAAUCGCAGCCUCUCCACGGCUGAAUGCUACGACCCGGACACCAACCAGUGGACCACGAUUGCCCCCAUGAGGAGCUACCGGAGCGGUCAUGGGGUCACUGCCUACAAAGACCGCAUCUAUGCAAUUGGUGGCACCAAUAGCGGGAUGACCCACCUGCGCAGUGUGGAGGCCUACAACCCGCGCACCAACACGUGGACCCACGCACCAUCCAUGUCCAAGCCCCGCAGCUACUUUGGCAUUGAGGUGGUGGACGAGCAGCUCUUUGUGGUCGGAGGAUACCAGGGCACCACCACCAUGUUGACCGUGGAGCGCUACGACGAGGAGGCCGGCCUGUGGUUCCGCGCCUCCGACAUUGAUAUGCCCCGCAGCGGUGCGAGCUGCUGCGUGGUGCACGGACUCCACGACGUGGUGGAGAACUUGUUCCCUCGUGGAUCCCUGACGUUCCCCACUGUGGACGGAGCUGAAGAAGGUUCCAUCUGA